AUGGCUAAUGCCACUUCUUUCAUUGCCCUCGCUUAUCUUCUUGCAUCUGCGUUAAUGACUACGGUGGUGCUUGGGAAUCGGCAAUGUGUACAAGCCAUGGAUUGCACAAACGUUUGUUCACACGGUGGUCUCUGCACCAAAAACGGUAAGUGUGUUUGUUGGUCGCCAAACGUAGUGAUCAACAGCGGACCUCCGUGCUGGUCGGAUGAAAUGUGCUUUAGUACAUGUGGUGGAAAUGGUGGUUAUUGUAACUAUGAUAUUGGAGGAUGUUUCUGCCAAUGA